AUGGGGGACGUGCAGGACCAUGAGGAAGUGCUGGAGAUCCCAGAUCAGGACAGCGAAGACGAAUUGGAGGAGGUCAUAGAACAGAUAGCAUACAGAGACCUCGACAUCCCUGUGACCCAGAUGCAGGAGCCAGAAGCUCUUCCCACAGAGCCUACAGCCACAGACUACGUCCCAACCACCACCUCCACAUCACGCAGAAGCUCCAGUCAGGUCUAUGUGGAGCUGCAGGAACUGAUGAUGGACCAGAGGAACCAGGAGCUACAGUGGGUGGAGGCAGCACACUGGAUAGGGCUGGAGGAAAACCUACGAGAGGAUGGUGUGUGGGGCCGCCCACAUCUGUCUUACCUCACCUUCUGGAGCCUUCUCGAACUGCAGAAAGUCUUCUCCAAAGGCACCGUCCUCCUGGACCUGGCAGAGACAUCCCUGGCUGGGGUGGCCAACAAGCUCCUAGACAGUUUCAUCUUUGAUGACCAGAUCCGGCCUCAGGACCGAGACGAGCUGCUCCGGGCUCUGCUGCUCAAACGCAGCCGUGCUGAGGACCUAAAGGCUCUGGAGGGCGUGAAGCCUGCCGUCCUGACCCGCUCUGGGGGCCCUUCUGAGCCCCUCCUUCCCCAGGAACCAUCACUGGAGACCAAGCUGUACUGUGGACAGGCAGAGGGGGACCCAGAAGGAUCCUCACCAUCUGGGAUUCUGAAGAUUCCCCCAGAUUCAGAAACCACACUGGUCCUAGUGGGCUGUGCUAACUUUCUGGAGAAGUCUGUCCUGGGCCUCGUGAGGCUGAAGGAGGCUGUGCAGCUGGAGGACCUGGAGCUGCCAGAGCCUGUGCGCUUCCUUUUUGUUCUGCUGGGACCCGAGUCUCCCCACGUCAACUACACCCAGCUGGGCCGGGCUGCAGCUACCCUGAUGACAGAAAGAGUGUUCCGCACAACUGCCUACCUGGCACAGAGCCGAGGGGAACUAGUGAGCUCCUUGGAGGAUUUCCUGGACUGUAGCCUGGUACUGCCACCGACCGACGCCCCUUCAGAACAAGCUCUGCUCAACCUGGUACCCGUGCAGAAAGAGCUGCUUAGAAGGCGCUACCUGCCCAGUGCCGCCAAGCCAGACCCUGCCUUAUACAAGACCCUAGACUUGAAUGGGGGCCCAGGAGGCCCCGGUGGUGUGGAUGACCCUCUACAGCGAACAGGCCGGAUCUUUGGAGGCCUGAUACGUGACAUCCGGCGCCGUUAUCCUUACUAUCUGAGUGACAUCACAGAUGCGCUCAGCCCCCAGGUCCUGGCUGCCGUCAUCUUCAUCUACUUUGCUGCCUUGUCACCUGCUGUCACCUUCGGUGGCCUCAUGGGAGAAAAGACCCGGAACCUGAUGGGGGUUUCAGAGCUGCUCAUCUCCACAGCGGUACAAGGCAUUCUCUUUGCUCUCCUGGCGGCACAGCCCCUGCUGGUGCUUGGCUUCUCGGGACCCCUGCUGGUGUUUGAGGAAGCCUUCUUCUCGUUCUGUGAAGACAACAACCUGGAGUAUAUUGUGGGCCGCGCUUGGAUCGGAUUCUGGCUCAUUCUGUUGGUGUUGUUGGUGGUGGCCUUCGAAGGCAGCUUUCUGGUCCGAUUCAUCUCCCGCUACACCCAGGAGAUCUUCUCCUUCCUCAUCUCCCUCAUCUUCAUCUAUGAGACUUUCUCCAAGCUGAUCAAGAUUUUCCAGGACUACCCGCUACAACAGACUUAUGACCCUGUUGUGAUGAAGCCCAAACCUCUGGGUCCUGUGCCCAACACAGCCCUCCUCUCCCUUGUGCUCAUGGCUGGUACCUUCUUACUUGCCAUGAUGCUGCGAAAGUUCAAGAACAGCACCUACUUCCCUGGCAAGCUGCGUAGAGUCAUCGGGGACUUCGGGGUCCCCAUCUCCAUCCUGAUAAUGGUCGUGGUGGAUUCCUUCAUCAAGGACACUUAUACCCAGAAACUCUCAGUCCCUGAUGGCCUCAAAGUGUCCAAUGCCUCUGCCCGGGGCUGGGUCAUCCACCCUCUGGGUCUGUAUAACGAGUUUCCCUUGUGGAUGAUGUUUGCUUCUGCCCUGCCUGCCCUGCUCGUCUUCAUCCUCAUAUUCCUUGAGUCUCAGAUCACCACGCUGAUUGUCAGCAAACCAGAGCGCAAGAUGAUCAAGGGAUCCGGCUUCCACCUGGACCUGCUGCUGGUCGUUGGCAUGGGUGGGGUGGCUGCCCUCUUUGGGAUGCCCUGGCUCAGUGCCACCACUGUGCGUUCUGUUACCCACGCUAAUGCCCUCACAGUCAUGGGGAAAGCCAGCGGUCCAGGGGCUGCAGCUCAGGUCCAAGAGGUCAAGGAGCAGCGGAUCAGUGGGCUCCUGGUCUCUGUGCUUGUGGGUCUGUCCAUCCUAAUGGAGCCCAUCCUGUCCCGCAUCCCCCUGGCGGUGUUGUUCGGCAUCUUCCUAUACAUGGGAGUCACAUCCCUCAGUGGCAUCCAGCUCUUUGACCGCAUCUUACUUCUGUUCAAGCCACCCAAGUACCACCCCGAUGUCCCCUUUGUCAAGAGGGUGAAGACCUGGCGCAUGCACCUCUUCACGGUCAUCCAGAUCAUCUGCCUGGCAGCGCUGUGGGUGGUCAAGUCCACCUCUGCCUCGCUGGCCCUGCCCUUUGUCCUCAUCCUCACUGUGCCUCUGCGUCGCUUCCUGCUGCCCCUCAUCUUCAGUGGGCUGGAACUCCAGUGUCUGGAUGGUGACGAUGCCAAAGCGACCUUUGACGAGGAGGAGGGUCUGGAUGAAUAUGACGAAGUGCCCAUGCCUGUGUGA